GCCACCGUACUACGUUGGCAAUGACAUCACGAGCAAAAACAAGAAGUAUAAGCGAUUGUUUGGAGGCUAGCAUGGUUUAAUGAUUUGUGCACAUGCGUUUGCUCGAAUAAACAGUCGCUGUUAGAGUGAUAUGUAUACAUUAAGUGUAAACAGAGCAACACGUUAGGCUCGGCUAUGGUUUAUGUCAUUGGUUAUCGUGUACGCUUUGCUAACGGUGUGACGCCGUUUACGUUAGUUAGCUAAUGCUAACGUCAAGAGAAGGAGUCACGUUAGCUGGCUAGCUGACAUGAAGCUCACUUGUGUUGAGUGUCGUAAGUCCAGCUAUUUAACUGAAUCCGAUGAUUAUUAGCCAUAUUUUUUAUUACAUUAAGUGACCACAAGAAUAAGUUGACAUAAAGUCGAAUAUAGACGGCCUUGCGAUAAUGGUGAACAACCUAAACAACCUGUGGUAGCAUUUUCAAGACAGAAAAGCACACCUUCAUCCUCGUUUGUAUUUUCCCACAAAUACACGCGUUACUACACAAGUAUCAGACACUGGAACCCGACACAGUGCAUCAUGUCGGACUUGGACGCCCUCAUUGUCACCUUCCAGACCCAGCUCUCGGACGUGAUGGAGACUGUGGUGAAGACAGCCAUGUAUGAGGUCACCAGGCUGGUGGAGGACGGCUUCUUGGAGGAGGUGAAGCGCAGGGACCAGGAGGUGGAGACCCUAAGGAUUCAGCUGCAGUGGGCAGAGAGGAAGUUAAGUGACCAAGAGGGGAAGGAAGGAGGGAAAAUCGGAAAGUGUGUCGACUGUGCCAAGGAUGAUGUGGAGCUGUCCUGUGACGCUGCUGGAGAGACAUUCAGAGAGCAGCAGGAUGACACAUUGGGUGAUUGCGGUGUGAAAAAAGAGGGCGACCCCUCGGACAGGUGGACAAACAGCCGAAUGGAAGUCAUACCAGAGAUGGCACAGGCAGCAGACAAUCCAACAGCCACUCGCAGCCCUGAAACACAGGUACCAGAAGAGGACGUGUUAACUGCACUGGAUAUUAAGAAAGAAGAUGUGAAUAAGCCAUCGUGUUCCUCUGUGCAUUUGGGAGUGUGGAGCGGUAGCCCGGAUGGCGGAGCAGGACCUCAAUCACACAGUGCUGCGGAGAAGAUUGAGGCACAACCAAAAGAGACUCAAGAAAUCAGCGAGGAACUAUUGAGGAACGUCAUUAAGCAAGACACACAGGCCUCUACUGCGUAUGUCUUUCCUGAGGAGCAGGAGGAAACCCAAGUUCCAUCGUUAGAGGUGGAUGUUCUGGUUGCUCCAGGUAGAGAUCAGAUUUCAUCCUCAGCGCCCCCCACGGUAAGACCACAAAACAGUGAUGCGUUAGGUGUGACUAUCAAGCAGGAGGUUAUCGAUGAUUCUGAUGUGGAAAGCGAGCGUAAGAUAAAGAGAACAACAAAGUCUGGGUUGGCAUCUUUUCCGUGUUCAGUUAGACAACAUAGAGUGAGUUCAGUACCACACAAGCAAAACCACUUGUCCCAUAAAGCCACGGUGCAAGAGGUUAUGAAGCUGCAUUCCAAAGUGGGUGCAGGUCUCAGAUUGCAAGCUGCUAUACAGCACCUACACCGACCGAUGAAAAGGCCCUCCCACGCGGUCUCGAACAACACCGGCGCAACUCUGUCUGUAGCCCACUCUCAGGUUGUGAACUUAAAUCCCCUCAACAGAAUCCCCUCUACAUCUAAAGCUGCUGCUCCUCCUUCACUCUCGGUCCAACGAGUUCACCUGAGUGACAAGGAGGCGGCAGCACAUAACCGAACUGGUGCCCCCUGGGUCAGCAUCAAAACCCAACUUCAGUCGGCAAACUCCCAUCACACCAACCCCUUACCCCACCCAGACUCUCUCCCUCACACAGGCCCCAGACACCUCCUGCGCUGUGGCCAGUGCGGGAAGUGCUUUCCGCACCCCAGCAACCUAAAGGCCCACUUGCAGACUCACACAGGCGAGCGGCCUUUCUGCUGCUCCCUCUGUGGACGCAGCUUCACCAAGCUGAGCAACCUGAAGGCCCACCGACGGGUCCACACUGGAGAGAGACCAUACUGUUGUUUGGCUUGUGGCAAACGCUUCACCCAGAAGUGCAACCUGAAACGCCACCAGAGGAUUCAUCUGGACGUAUGAUGGUGGACAGCCAAUAAUAAUAAUGAUAAAAAAAGAGUUUGGUGUGUGUGUUUCCCUUAGAUUAAAAUGCUGUGUACUACAGUUGCUGUGAUGCUUUGCAAAAGUGCUUCUUGUGUCUCUUGAAGUGAUUGUCCUGACUUCUUCCGUGCAUUCCAGAAAGGUUGAUCUACUUUACAGAGAUGUUGUAGUGUUGUAGAGGAUACAGAGCAGUGUGUUGUCAAAUGUAACGCGCACACAGAAAGGUCUAGUGUGAUCAAUAAAUAACUAUUUAUUCUGUGAAUACUCAAAAUUCCUCUGUUAUAUCAGUUGCACCCAACCUGUGAACACAAAACACACUUACUUUGUAUUUGACCAAGGACCAGGGCUGGUAUUUAUCAACCCUGCUGAAAGAGAGAUUAUGGGUAGAUGAAAGUAAUUCACACACUUUAUGACCCAGUUAUUUACAGCUUUACUCCUAGUACAUUUUAAAGAGCUCCAAAUGUGUCUAAAGUUGGUGAAGAGUAGAUCUUAGAUAGCUGCAACAUAGAAACAGGUGAGCAAACACCUACUAAUAUAUGUUUAUCAUUGGUGUUGACUUACAAUAAGUCAGAGGAAGCAUAAUAAUUCAGAGUACUGCUUGUUUUCAGUUACAAGCAUUUCAUAGGAAAUGAUUAUUUCUGUUUUUUAUUUAUUUUGUGGAUUCUUUUGUUUUGCUGUUUCCAUUUCCACCAAUUUCAUAUUAUUUUGUAUCUAUUUAUGUAUUUACAUAUUUUAAAUAUAUUUUUAAUUUGACAUGUUAAUUGCUAUUUUUUGAUGAUUCAAAAUAUUAAAUUGAUUGUUUAAAAAGUAAA